AUGGGAAAUUGUUGCUCAAAAAACCAAAGUUUGCCUCAAGCGAUGGAAAAAGAUCAUUCAAUCCAUUUAGUCUGUGAUGAGUCAUUGCUGAGAUCAACUUUUAAAGGAAGCCUCAAAUUAGCUCACUAUGAAGAAACAUCAAUUAACAAUCAGUAAGCUCUAAAUAGACUAAAUCCCCCUUUAAAUUGGAAUAAAACAUCGGUAAAAUUGUUUUACUUUAAAUUGCUUUUAAUAGGAAAACUCUAAAAAUUAGUUUUUGACUUAAUUAAAUAGACAAAAUACAAAAUUUUUUUAAAAAAAAAUUAACUGCUUUAAAAUGGAGCAGGGUUUUUUGUUUCGAUUUAACGGAGGGGAGUAAGUAUAAUUAUCGACGAAAACUCGGACGAAGAUUUAACAAAGGCUAAUAUCGAGAGAAACGAGAAAACCAGAACUUCACUGGCAGAAAACUCUGAAGAAAUCAGCUAA